AUGCAGCAGCCUCAAAGCGAACAGGACCAUGUCCUGGUCACACCCCUCUGGGUGUUUGUCAGCCGUAUCUUUCAAAUUCUCGUUUCUGUAAUCAUCCUUGGCCUGGCUGCCGAUUUGGCGCACGGAGCCUAUCUUGAUGAAGAAGGCCUUGCCCUGGCUGUUUCUAUCAUUACUUGGAUCGUUACACUGUAUGCCAUUCUUACCGAGCGGCUCCCAACGCUGCAUCACCUGUAUCAUGUAGUCGCCGUCAUCGUCCUCGACGGCGUCAUGAUGAUUCUUUGGCUCGCGACCUUUGCUGCUGUCGCUGCCAAGCGCGCACAGUUCGUCUUCAACGUUUCUGUGAGCCAAUGCUUCAACGAUGGCAGCCUGUUCAACAGCGAAACAUGCUUCAAGAAGCGCGACAUUAGCAAGCGCGAUGUCAUCCUGUUCAAGCGCGGUGCUGCUGAGCUUGCUGCCAUCGCUGGCCUUGGUGCUUUGGUCUGGCUUCUCUUCAUUGCAACCUUUGCCUGGACUCUGCACUAUUUCCUCAAGGGACGCAAGGAAGGCAGAUUCUUGUUUGACAACGAGGCUGUCACCCCCCAGACCAUCGCCAUGGAAACGAAGCAAGAUAAUCAGGCUCAGCAGCAGGCUCCGCUCCAACCUCAGCCUACUGGUCAGCCUGCCGCACAGUAUCCCCCGCAGGAUCAAUACCAACAGGGCCAAUACCCCCCUCAGACCACCAGCCCUUAUCCCCCUGCUCAGUCUCCUUACCAGCCGCAAACUGCCUACUCUCCUCCUCCCCAGGAACAGCAACAGGCGGCGUAUGGCCAGUACCCCCCUCAGCAGUAUCCUCCUCAGCAGUACCCCCCACAGGGUUACCAUGAAGCACCCUCUGAAGUCUCAUCUUCACAUCCUCAGCAGCCUCCCUACCAAACCUCAUAG